AUCAAAAUUUGACAGUCUUCUUUGCACGAAAGAUCAUUUGAAACUGUUGAAGUAACGAAAGGAUCGUAGGUCAUAAAACUAAAAUAUUGGGAUAUUAUACUGUUAUGUCUUGGUCAAAAAAUGACAAACCGAUAUGCAAUUUUCUUUGUAUUAUUCACUGCAACUUUUAUUAAUAUUUGCGUCAGUAGCAAUAUAUUAAUGAUUACAAUGGGUGGAACAAAAUCACACAAAAUCCCGUUUUGGGAAUUGGCACGAGGCCUCAUUUCACGUGGGCAUAAUAUAACAUUCAUCAAUGCUUUUCCUCCUGAUUUUUAUAUGUCUGGAUUGGAGGAAAUAACACCAGCCGGACUGGUAUUUUAUGUUAAAAAUUUCACCAAUUGGGAUUUAAUUGGUCCAAAAAUGAGAGGCGAAGAACCUGUUUCGCCAUUAAAAACAGUUUUGUAUGCAAUUGAGGCUUGUGAUGAAUUAUUGGGUGACCAAGAGAUGCAAGCUUUAUUACAUUCUAAAAGGCAUUUUGAUUUAUUUAUAAUGGAUGGAGCAUAUCCAGAAUGUUCUGUUGGAAUUGCAAGCUAUUUAAACAUACCGUUUAUGUACAUUAAUACCGUUGGAUUUUAUCUUAAUUCAAUAUCAAAUGCUGGGAGUCCAACACCAUUUUCAAUGACACCAAUAUUUGCACGAGGAUUUACUGAUGAUAUGACACUAUUUCAACGUACUUUUAACACAGGAUUCCAUCUCGUUAUAAAAAUAGCGCACUAUAUAAUGGUACAUGGAUUUUUGGAUAAUAUUUUAGAAAAACAUUUGGGGCCAGGUCUUCCAUCUGUCUACACAGUAAUGAAAAAUGUUAGUUUUAUAUUACAAAAUGGACAUUUCACCGUUACAUAUCCUAGACCCUAUCUGCCCAAUGUUGCAGAAAUAGCAUGCAUUCAUUGUAAACCAGCUAAACCACUUCCAAAGGAUUUGGAAGAAUUCAUUUCUGGAGGUGAUGAUAAUGGAUUUAUAUAUGUUAGCAUGGGAUCAUCAGUCAAAGAAGGAAAUAUGCCUGAUUUAUUUAAAUUCAUGCUUUUGCGUGUCUUUGAUCAAUUGCCAUAUCGUGUAUUAUGGAAAUGGGAUACAACAAUGACUAAUUUAUCAGAAAAUGUAAAAGUUAGUCGUUGGUUACCACAACAAGAUAUUCUUGGUCAUCCAAAACUUCGAGCAUUCGUCACACAUGGUGGUCUAUUAAGUAUGUAUGAAACAGUGUAUCAUGGUGUACCAGUUGUAACCAUACCAGUAUUUUGUGACCAUGAUGCGAAUGCUGCAAAAGCUGAAUUAGAUGGUUAUGCAAUUAAAUUAAGUUUAGAACAAAUAACAGUUGAAAAAAUCAUGUCGGCAAUAAAUCGUAUUAUACAUGAUAAUAAAUAUCGUGAGCAGGUAGAAUAUCGACAACGUUUGUUACGUGAUCAAAGUGAAACACCGUUAGAACGAGCUAUAUUUUGGACUGAAUAUGUGCUUCGACAUCGUGGUGCACCACAUUUAAUGUCACCGUCACGUCAUUUUAGUACAAUUGAAUAUUAUCUAUUAGAUGUAUUUCUUGUAUUUUGCUUAAUAUUUAUUAGUUUGUAUUAUUGUGUUAAAUUUACGUGUAGGCUCUUAUUUUAUUUAGUUAGUAGGCUAAAUAAGUAUGUUCAUGUAACGCAAGUCAAAUAUAAAAUUAAUUAAUAGGUA